AUGCAAUUAAAAAUUAUAAUUUUAUCAUUAAUUUCUUCAAUUACUUUAGUUUCAGCUGUUUCUAAAAAGGGAACAAAUAAAGUUUCAGGUCAUCAUCAUAAGAAUGCUACAAUUAAAGCAAAUGCAACAAGUGCAGGUACAAAAUCUCAAGCUGGAGAUGCAAUCAGAGGAGUAAACAUUGCUGGAGCCGUGGCUGCUAUUGCUGCUGGUGCUAUAUUAUUAUAG